AUGGUAUCAGAAAAAAGAUGUGAUGCAAGACUGUUGAAGCGGAUGCACAUGGUUUUUUACAAAGAUACUAACUUGUUUCUUCAUCAUCAUCAUCAUCAUCGCUACUAUCUUCCUCACUGCUACUUUCCUGCUGUUGCUGUGGUUUCUGAGCAGCAACAACUUUCUUGCCUGGUGUGGCCUGACCCUUCAAAGAGGUACCUUGUGGCUUUGCAUUUAUGGCAACAUUCUUUCCAUGUGGCGCAGCUGAAAAGACAAACACUACUUACCAUGGCUGCUGAAGAACCUCAAGAGGUUGAAAACUGGGUGAGGCAAAGGGUAUUGGGGAGUGGUGGUUUUGGGGUUGUUACAUUAUGGAAACAUAAACACCGAGAAGAAAUGAUUGCCCUGAAAAAAUGUCGUUCUGGAACUGACAAUCUAUUGACACCAAAACAUAAAGAAAGAUGGUCUAAGGAAGUAGAAAUAAUGCAAAGGUUGUCACAUCCUAAUGUAGUUAAAGCUAUUCAAGUUCCCUCAGACCUUGCUGUUUUACGAUCAGAACUUCCGCUACUCUGUAUGGAGUUUUGCUCUAAAGGAGAUUUAAGGCAGAUUUUAAAUCGUGGAGAGAACUGUUGUGGCCUUCAAGAAAACGAUGUGCGAACGCUUAUAUCUGAUGUGAAGAAUGCAGUACAGUAUUUGCAUUCAAUGAAGAUAACACAUAGAGACCUAAAGCCAGAAAAUAUUGUUCUUCAGCAAAAUGAAAGUAGGAUUGUUUACAAACUGAUUGAUCUAGGUUAUGCUAAAGAACUGGAUCAAAGUAGCAUCUGCACUUCGUUUGUUGGAACACUGCAGUACUUGGCACCUGAAUUAUUUAUGAGCAAAGCAUACACUAGUUCUGUUGACUAUUGGAGUCUUGGUCUUGUUUCACAUGAAGUUAUUACAGGAGUGCGACCUUUUCUUCCUCACAUGGCACCUGUGGCUUGGAUGAAUCAUAUACGAAACAAAUCUUCUGAUGAUAUAAGUGCUUAUGAAGAUCAAGAUGGAAGUAUUGUAUUUUGCAGAGAAAUUUUCCCUGAGAACCACAUUACAGUAACUCUGAAGUAUCACAUGGAAGAGUGGUUCAAAACUCUCUUGGAGUGGGAUCCAAAGAAAAGAGGAAGAAAUAAAGACAUGAAAGUUAUGGUUUUUGAUUUGGCUGAAAAAAUAUUCAAUAAAAAGAUUGUUCAACUUUUCUGUGUGACUACAUACAAAAAGUGGAGUUAUGAAAUUGAUGAUUCAACUGCUGUAUCCACACUUAAAGAGUGGAUUAGACGUGAUACAGGAAUCCCUGUUGAAGAACAAGAAUUGAUACUUGCCAACGGGAAAAGUGUGGAUGUCUGUAAUGAAGCCAGUCAGUGUUGGAUAGCCCAAAAUGUGAAGGAUGGAACUCCAAUGGUUUAUAUCUACCGAUUAAAGCAAUUUAGCAUACCACAAGUGACUCCAAGAAUACCUUCAAGGGUUAGCAAAAUGAUGGAAGAGCCAAGGGUUCCAAUGGAAUACAUACACCUUAAACGUGCAUGGGCACAUGCUGUAUUUUUUCUUCAACAGGAGUGUGAACUCUAUCGAACUUUCCGUCAUUCGCACACUGUGAAACUAUUGCAUAUUUUCAUAAAAUGUGAGCACUUGAAACAAAAAUCUCAGUUGUUGAAUACACAGUUACAACAAGCUCGUGCUGAACAGUAUUUAACUCCACAAAGUAUUCAACAGAAAUGGAUUCAAAACCGUAACUCGUUGGCUUCAGAUAUGAUUGACGUUAGCAAAAAAGCAAGUGAAAUGCAGGGACGUUGUGACAUCAUUCGUAAGAAAAUGGCUACAUUACAAUCUGAUCCUCAUUUGAGAAUUCAUGAGCCCAACAUAUUACGUACUUUAAUGGAGGCAGGUCUAAAAUGUUAUGACCAACUUCGGAGGCGUCCUCGUGAAGCCCGAUCUCAGCGAUCAGAUAGCAUUGAAAUGGUGAAAGUAGUAUACAAUUGCCUGAAGCAGCGUGAUAUUCUUCUCAGAGACAAAGAAUUCAAUAUUCAUUUACAACAAGUUGUUGAGUUGCAAAUAGAAAUGGAAAAUCUUUUACAUCCACUAGAACAAUGCAUUGAUAAAGUUAAAGAACUAAGGUUAAAAAUCUGCCAAUGUCAGUUGGAUCGUCAGAAGGAUGUGUGGAAUUUAGUGGUACCAGAGAAAACACUGGAUAAUAACUUGCAAACUCAACCAAUGUCUGUCAAGACCAAUUUGCAUUUUAACCCUUCUAAUUUGGAGGAUUCUGAGUUCAAUUUGAAAGAAAGGAAACAACUAAUGUCAGAAUCAUCUAUGACACCUAGCAUUCCUGUCAGCACCACCUCUUUACCUGUGUCAUCAAACAUUGACACAUCAACCAUCAUCCAAGAUAAUAUAGAACUCAGACAUUUGACAUUAGAUGCGAUGCACGAAAGCUACAGGAAAUUUGCAAAUAUUGUAGGUGAUUCAUUAAAUUGGUCUCAUUUAGAAUAAUAAUUGUAGAGCAUAAAUAAAACCUGAGCUAGGUGCCAAAACGUGAAAAUUUGCGCUGAUUUUGUGCUGAUAAGCAUGGUAAUUAUCAAGCACAUUACAGUGUAAAAUGGGCUAUCUGCAAUUUUCAUUCUUAGGUGAUAAAAUUGUCACCAGUGGACUGCACGUCAGUAAAGUCCCUUGACCUUUUGAAACAGUUUUUACUUAAUUAUCUCUGAAUUCCAUUUUUGGCACAUAGCAUGGUGUUCACUUACUGUCUACAAUUCAUUUACAUCUCUGUUAAAAUUGGUAAAUCUUUGAUAAAAUAUCAGAAAGUGUAACGUUAUAGUGAUCUUGGAAUAAAGAAAAAUUAUAUUAUCCAACCAUGAACUGAUUUAAUGUUAAAAAGCCCUUUUUUUCAUUUUGGUUGAAUCUUAAGUGUCUGUUGUGGCUAGCAGCAAGUUUUGUAAAAAAAUGCACAGUACUGUAGUGGUGCUGCACCUACCAGUUCACUUUUGGCACUGAAGAUUACCACUAUGUCCAAAAGGGCAUUUUGAUGUCAUAAUCUGACCAUGGAUGGAUUUAUAAUCUUAUAUACUUGGCUUCGAUUUAUCAAAGCUUGAGCUUGCACGUUGUUACUUCCAUUUUACUAUCUGUUCUGUUUAAUGGAAGUUUCACUUAUUGUUCUCAAUUUCCAAAUGGUGCUACCUCUAUGAGACAAAGCUGAAAAAAGUCGUAAGGAAAGUUCUCAAAUAACAAGCAUAGAUGAAGGUUUUGUUGUAGUGUUGUUUUUUUUACCAAAUAUUUUAUUGCAUUAACUGUCUAAAGUGAAAUUUUCUUUUAUAAGAAUGUACUUUUGUAUUAUUGUUUCUAUUUUCCUUGUUGUGCUAUGUGAAAUGAUAGUUAUUUGUUUUUGUUUUUUUUAUAAAGUUUAACAUUUAUAAUUAGGUCCAAGUUUGCCUUUUUAUAGAGAUAUAUUUGGAAACGUAAUAUAGUGAUAAAGCAUUUACUCAGAAAGUGCCUUACUGCUGAAAUCCAUUUCAGAACAUAUAUAUAUCUUUUUCUUAGUAAAUAAGGAAAAUCUCAAAACUAGUCUUUCUGCAGAGAUUGUAGUCCUAUAGGACUACAACUGCAAUAUAUUGCAGUUGCAAUAUAUUGCAGAUUUUAAAACAUAUUAUUUGAAAGGUUCUUGAUUGUUUUGAAUGUUAUUUCUGAUAUUUGUAUUGUUUUUCAUAAUUUUUAAUAUAUAUAUAUAUUUCUUUCGAUUAGUCUUUUUCUGUACACACCAUACUUCUUGCAAACCUUUGCUUAACAGGCUCUUACCCAAUUACCAAUUUCCAAACUAUCUUGUAUAUGUUUUAAUGUUAAUUUCGUAUUGGGUACUAAAUGUUAUCACAGUUGUCAUGUACAUUGUUUAUUAUUUAUAAUGAAUAUAUUUAAAAAAUUAACAAAGAAAUAAAAAAGCACCCAAUUUGCACAAUUAAAUUUAUUUUUUAUUUCUGUGGGAACAAAUGUAUUCAUUUUGUUUGUAAAUAAUAAACAAUUUGCAUGUUUCGGGAGUGUUUAUUUGUUACUGAAAUACAUUUUUUGCAUAGAAAGUAUUUUUUCAAACCAACUUUUGAGUGUUUAUUGCAGCUCAACUGUUCAAAUCUCAAAAGAUAUAAUUAGUCAAG